UUUCACACAAGAGAGUAGGCGUGUAUAUAAUGUUGUUAAGAUGAAUGAGUUGGAUGGAUGGGCGUGUUCCAGAGACAAGAAAGCAUUAUGGGCACAAAGGUCUUCUUCAGUCUCCUCCUGCUAUUGCUCUUGCUCUUCACCACUCACGAAGAGGUGGGGUUUGACAGCAUGAUAGUGAAGGCGGAUGGCAGGACGUGCUUAUCGCAGAGCCACGGGUUCAGGGGACAGUGCUGGAGCAACACCAAUUGUCGGCUGGUGUGCAGGAACGAAGGUUUUCCGGGCGGCAGGUGUCGGGGCUUUCGCAGGCGCUGUUUUUGCGUCAGGCCCUGUCCCUAAUUAAUUACUCGGCCCCAAUCUCAUCAUCAAAUCCAUCAACAAGUUAUUGAUUUCCUGAGUUUCAUAGUGUAUAAACUAUUACAUAAAUAAAAUCGGGAGUUAAUUGCAA